GUUAACUUUGGGGUUUGUACCUUUUGCAUAUCAUUAACAUGAACUGAUACACACUUACACACCAAAGGAAAUGUAAAAUUGUGAAUCGGACCCUAUUUGCUCUUUAACUGUAGUAAAACCAUGGUUGAUUUUGUAAGGUGAGUCCAGAAAUGUUUACAAUGACUGUCCCAUUUUUAUCUGACUGUCCACAUCAGAAAUAAAAGUUUGUUGAUGAUGAAGUUGAUAGAUGUUGCUUAAAGUCUUUCUUCUCUCAACAGAGAGCAGCUGCUGAUAACAAAUGCCAACGUGAACAGAGCCACAGUCAUUGUGUGUUAUAUGAUCACUGAUCUCCACAUCAAACAUUUAAUAAAUGAUGCAUGGAAUCUGAGAGGAAUUUUUCAUCUGAUAGUCUGGCAGAAUCAUGAGAAGUGUUGGGAAUGAUUUGAAUUUUCCCAAACAACUUUAAUGACUCUAGUUCGGGAUCAGAUUCACCAUUAGAAACAGGAUCUCUUACAUAAUGUCUCUUCUCUGGCUUCAUGAUCACAAGCGUCCUUCAGUUUGUAUCACUGAAGUUGUGAUUUAGGCCGGUUGCUUUUCAACAUUUUUAAUAGUUUGAUGAAUUCUGAUUCCUGCUGUUGGAUGUGGUUUGAUUAAAUAAUUCUCAGGUAUCUUGUAUCCACAGGUCUUAGUCUAUAAAAAAAGAAAAUCAUGUGAUCUGCUUAAUAAACAUCUCAAGAGAGGUGAUCUAUUUUAAAUGCUUGGCAAUAGUUACUCAAAUGAGCAUUUUGCCAGGACAGUUAACAGUAAAAACACAUGCUAGAGAUUAAUAACACAGCAGUCAGGGGUUAUGGGUAUCAGUUAUACAGUAAGUGAAGAGCCUCUAAGUGUGUCUGAGAUGUUCUCUUUUAAAUUAGCAUUUGUAUCCGACUCUUAAUGGGUUCUUCCCGCAAACCAGUAUUUAUGAAUGGCCCGAGCCUGGGAUUAAGGGAAAAGUAUUUGAUGAGUUUGUGCCAAGAGCAUUUGGGUUAAUAUCAUCUCAUUUUUUUAGCUGGAAAACAGACCAAGCUCAAUAUAACACCAACUGUUACAGUCGAGAUGUACGCCCCAACAUUAAAUUACACAUUAAUACAAUGUUGUUACAAUGCUAAAAACAAAGUUGUGACCGCUGAGUAGCGCUAUAUGCUAAUUAAUGCUAUAUGCUGACCCUAACAAUAGAUAAUUCUUCAAAAUCUGUAUCUUCAUCUGAUACAGACUCAAACAUAAGAUUUGUUUACACACAGACAGAGCUACUGAAGGAGCUGCUCUGAGAAACAGCCAAUCAGAGCAGAGCUUAGCAUUAUUAUUCAUGACCCCUCCAUAUAAGGUAAUAAUAGACCAUUUCAUCCUAAAGGCAAAUCCUAGGUUUGUAAAUGGACAUGUAAAACUGACUCUGGAUCAUUUUGCACUUAAUAAAGACACAAACCUCCUAUGUAGAUAUCAGAGAAUAAUUUAGCUUUCAUUUUAUUUCAAUGCAUUCUUUGGCACCUUUAAGACCACAUUAAUUUGCUUGAUGACCUGUGUUGAUGUUUUUUCUACACUUUUAAAGUGGAUAUCAAUAUUUAAUCACCCAUUUUUAUUUCUCUUUUCUAGAAUGUUCUGGAGUGCAUGAACGUCAGAUGUGUCCUGUGUCUGUCUGUGAGGUGUUAGACGGAUGGCCACAGGUGCGUCUUCUGUCUUUCUCUGCCCUCCGGGUUACAGGAUUGUGAAUAUUGGCAUGGAUGAGAUUAGUCGGGGGGUAAUUAAGUUUACCCAGCGGUGUGUGGUAAAAAUAACCAGUGCUUUCCCCACCACAAGCCUCCAACUAAAAGGGCUGAUGAUGAAGAUGAUGGUGUGAUAUCAAACCCCGCGCGCUCCGUAUGUAAACCGGUACCGAACACGAUGGUCUUGUGUUCCGGUAUCGGUUACCAGGAGAUGCGGGUGCCGAACCUGCUGGGUCACGAGAGCCCGAGAGAAGCGCAGCAGCAAUCCGCCGCCUGGACUCCGCUGCUCGGGAAACACUGCCACCGGGACGCGCGCAGGUUCCUGUGCGCUCUCUUCGCGCCCGUGUGUUUACCGGAGGUAUCGGCACCGGUGCGUCCUUGUCGGAGUCUCUGCGAAUCCGUGCGGGACGCGUGCCUGCCGGUCAUGAGCGCGUUCGGAUUCCCGUGGCCGGAGAUGUUCAACUGCAGCCGCUUUCCUGAUGGAUCGGACCUCUGUGUCCCUGGAGAGAGAGAACAAAACCGGGCCGAGACCACCGAUCUACCCAAAGGUUCUGUUAUCUGUGAGGUUUGCACUCCAGACUCAGAUGCAGAGUCAGAGAUCCAUCAGAACUUCUGUAAGACUCAGUUUGCGUUCAGACUGCGGAUCGGUUCAUCGGCUCUGAUCGGUGCAGAUGUACGCGUGGUGCCGCAGGGUAGGAGUCGUGUGCUGCGCUGGAAGGGUGAACCGCACGAACAACAGGCGGCCAUGGAUCAGAGCGCCCUCUGGCUGAUGGAGGGUCACAAGUGUUCCUGUCAGGCACUAGAGGGAAAACUCAUAGGGUCUUACAUCGCCCUGGGUGACAUGCAGAACGGUCGCAUGGCCCUCAGACGUCUCAUCAAGUGGUCUCGUGAUGAGAAAGAGUUGAAGAAGUUUAUUAGGACGCUUCUGAGAAAAGACUGCUGAGGUCAUGACCUCUGGACUGAUAAAUGGACCAAUCAGAGAGAACCAAACCAACUCCUCAUUAAUAUUCAAAGAAAUAAA